UCUUCCCGGGUUCAAAGUGGCUUGACUGGCUUAUAUCUUUUGGAUGAGGCUGAUCACCACAACAAACAACCAGAAUGCUUCGACACAAAAGAACAAUAAGCUUGGCCGCGACUGCCCAGCUCCUGUGGAUUGUCCUCAUCACAGUAACAGUGACGCUUCCACCUUGCCACGCGCACACGGCCAUCUUGUUUGGUGCCAGUGGAACGGUAGGAUCCGAAGUACUACGGGCGCUCCUCGCAAACCCUUCGUUUUGGAAUGAAAUCAUCCUCGUCGGACGGCGAUUCCCAACGUUAGAGGAUUCGUCAACGCGUAUCACCAAAGUACAGGUGUCGGACCUUGCCACUGUAGAUCAAAACAAAGACUUGCUACAACUGGAGCAUGUGGAUGCCUGUUUCAACGCCGUUGGCGCGGGCUAUCCCCAGAAACUCUCCUUGUCUGAUUGGUAUACCGUCGAUGUCGGCAUUGCUGCCUCGGUGGCCCGUCUGUGUCAACAAAUUCCGGGUGUGAGCUACAUUUCUUUACUCUCGGCCGUCACGGCCGAAACCAACCCCAAACCGUACACAGCAGAAGAAAUGGAGCGUUACAAUCCUAAAAAACCAAUGGGCUGGUGGGGACUAUUGAUGCAGUACGAUCGCAUCAAAGGAUUGGCAGAGCAAGCCGUCAUGUCAACAACAACGUCUUUUAAUGGACACAUUUCACUGUUUCAGCCAUCGACCAUUGUGACCGAGACAGAACGAUAUGGUUGGUUGGAUUGGACACUGUUCCGGGUUCAUCCUCUCGUGGAUCCGUGGUUGCCUCCGCGGUAUCGUUCCGUCAAAGUACAGUUGUUAGGCAUGGCCAUGGCCAUGGAUGCGCAAACAUAUGUUCAGGACAGUGACGACAGCAGCAGCAAGUUCACCAGGAGUAUCCGCACAAUGUCGAAAUUAUCAUAUUUGGGUUACAUAUACAUAGUCGAGGAAGAACCCGAAACCGUGGAGUGAGAGAAAACCAAAGAACUCGAGCUAUAACUCAUUCACAAGAAACGAAUAAAUAGCGCUAGUUCAAAGUUAGCUAG